GCCCCAAAGUAUAAGAAGUUUGGCUGCGAACCGCUUCGGAUCGAGCAUGACUGAAAUGCGACUGUGUUUGGGUUUGUAAUGGCACUCAUCUGAAAUCCAUGUCCGCAAUCGAUCGACCCUUCGACAUGACUUCGUUCUCCGUCAAGGACAUCCUUAAUCUACCAGAGACCGGGUUAUGCCCGUCUAAAAGCGAAACAACCCAUGAAUCGUCCUCAACCGAGAGUUAUCAUUGCCCUGGCGGAAACACUCAUUCUCCGUCAUGUGGCUCUGCAGUGUGUAAUCAAGGCCAAGAGUACUCCUAUACAAAUACACAUCCGAGCCCGACAGAAAGGCCUUCGACGUCCUCAGCGGGCUCCCAAGAAAUAUCUGAGCGAGAGGAAGCGUCCGAUGACUUGAACGAUCCGCCGAAAAAGCGGAAACGAAGAGUUCUAUUCACUAAGGCGCAAACUUAUGAACUCGAAAGAAGGUUUCGUCAGCAAAGGUACCUCUCCGCGCCGGAGCGCGAACAGCUCGCUAGAAUAAUCAAUUUGAGCCCGACGCAGGUGAAAAUUUGGUUCCAGAAUCAUCGAUACAAAUACAAGAAACAGAGUUUUGAAAAAGGAGUAAUGAAUGAGGGACCUCCAUUGUUCACUCCGAGAACUGUUCCUGUACCUGUGUUAGUGCGAGAUGGCCAGCCUUGUCAUGGUGCUUCGGUCAAUAGUUUUGGAUAUUUACGACACGAUCCUACAGACUACUAUCAUUUUCCUCCAGUAAGUUCGUCAUACAUUUCUCCUAGCAAUCCUUAUUGGAGCUGGUAGCGUGAGCAUACUUUGUACAACGCGUGUUGUGAGAAGAAUUCGUAGAACAAUGCAGAUCUCCUUGAAAUAAUCUGUCACGGAGAAUAGUACAAAGUCAAUUGUAAGCUUAUAAGCCAACAUUGAUUUCAAAAACCUACAAGGGCAAAGGAUCUCAUUAUUUAAAGAAUCUCACAAUAUUUUCCAGGUUUGAUGUUUUUAUUAGAUAUUCUUCAAGUUCUUUGAAGUUCUCUUUCGACAAACGCGCAGCAUAAGCUAUUUUCGUGUGAUAUAACAGCUGUUGUCUUUUACGUCUUAGAAAUGAUUUGAAAAGAUUUUCGUUUUUAUCCUUUAAAAAUUGCAAGUAACCAGAUUUUAUAGCAAGUGAUUUUGUAGCUGUUUCUUUUAAAUGAAAAUUUUUGAUUUCGUAGUUAUUUUUAUACUAUAAGUUGCUAGGCUGCUUGAAAAUUGUUCCUAAUGCUUUUAGUAAAUGCAUGUCUGAAAUUAUGAAGAUGGAGAUAAGAGCCCAUCAUUUUUCAGGAGAUAAUCCUUGGCAAGCUAAACUUAAAUUCUAAUUACAAAUCUUCUCGUUUUCACUAAAAUGCUAGUUAUUUGAGUUUGGCGUAAAUGUCGGCAGUAAUUAGCUAGUUUUCUUCGCCAAAGCAGCUUUUCGUUUCACUACACGAAUUGUCACAAAACAUUACAACCGCAAUGCUGGGCGCUCGCGAAUGAGUGAAUCAAAAUUGACAACGCAAUAUUUGGCAAACAACACGUCUCGUUCUACUUAAAGGAUUUUAUGAGAUGCUCUCUAACACUUUGACACACAAUUUUCGCACUUAACCCGGAGCCUGCUUUUGUGAAACCAAACAACCGGAGAAAUUCUCCCAUUAAGAGAUGAAAGUACCAGUUUUUGUUUUCAUUUCAAGGUGAAGAACGGGAAAGGGUUGUUACGGGCUUUGGUCGCAGUGUUAAAUGGACCAUGGAAUCUGCUCGUAAUUGAUUGUUGUUCAUGUUUACUCGAUGGAAAAAGAGGAGUGGUCAGUGUAAUUUCUUAGACUAGAUCUUUACCAAAUUGAAUCAACGCUAGUUUGCUUUCGGAUUAGCUCAAAAGAAAAUAGUGACAAUCGACAGACAACAUGAGCAAAUCGCUUCGAUAUCACAGAGUUUGACACAAUUAGAAUAAGUUAUGCAAUAUGAAACCUAUAGAACUUCCUUUACUGUGAAGUACAACCUACAUUGUACUGAAAGUUAAAGGCAAAAUUGGUGCUGUGCCUCGUUUUAUUGAAAGCUUCAAGUCGCAAAUUUAAAAAAAAAAACGAGAGAAUCGAAAAGAAAACAUCAUGAAUAAAACAUUACCCACUGUUUCACUUAUACCUCUUUGUUGAAAAGUGUUAAUAAAUUAGAGAAACAAAAACAUUAUGUUGGAAUGAUUUCGAGUGUUAGAAGCGGGAGUGCUAACGAAGAGCGAAUUUUCGAGCACUUGUUUUGUACUCGAGAGCAAUAUGUCAAACUUAUUCGACUUUUCAAAAAGGUUUUCACGCUUUCGUGGUCAAGAGUAGCUUUGGCGACGAUGGAAAAAAGACAGAUACAGUUGUGUAAGACAGUUCUAGGUUCGAAUUUUUAAGUGUGAGAUUAAAAAAUUUUCUGCCUCUUCAGUCUCUACGUUAUUAUAAUUUCAUUUCACAUCACAGAAACUAAUACUUUCACGGACACGAUAACCGCCGCGCGCAGUGCGUGUACAAAUGAACAAAGUCGUAUUUAUUUUAUUUAAUUUAUCUCAGUUAUAGCUGACUACUUUAAGUAAUGGAACACAAUUAAACAUUUGAAAUAAAACGAAAAAUGAAAGCUC